AUGCUUUUGUGCCGAACUACUGCCAGCCGCGCGAUCCGCAGCUUGAAGCAAAGAGUUGAAGCAAAGAGCUUGCACAUUCCAAGAGGGAUGUUUUCCCUCAGAAUUUGUUCCGGAAGUUCUGCCCGAGUGACAUGGCGAAUGCGCCAGCCUUUGCGGCCCUUUUCCAUGUUGCAGCAGCUGCCAGACUAUGCAAAAGGAUCACAAGCUCUCGCUGAAGGGCGGUUCAUGGAAGCUCUUCCGAUGCUCCGGAGAUCUGUGGAGGUGGCUGAUGCUUACUUCCCAGCAGAUGCAGGUUCCGAGCUUGCUGAAUGCCAUGCCUCCUUGGGCUCCUGUUUGUGGCACACAGGCGAGUUCGAGGAAGCUGCUCGUCAGUUCACAGCCAAAGGCCUUUCCGAGCCUUUGCUCUUGGCCGGGGCUUUGGUCCUUUUCGAACUGGGUCGCUUUGACGAGGCUGCGAACCUGACUUCAAGCUUGGCUUGCACUGACUUCUCCGUGAAGCAGUAUGCUGCCGCACUGCGAAGUGCGCUGCAAGCAGUCACAGGUUCCGGGGAGGAGCCGGUAGCGGAUGAUUUGUCCAAGGAAGCUGCAAGCAUUCUGAAAUUCAAUGCGCUCAUCAAGGAUAUUGUCAAGGACGAAGGUGUCGUCUCAAGCGUAGCUUUGAGCAGCGAUUUGGUGGGUGAGCUGGAUGGCUCGACUGGGGUGAUGCUGCGAUGUACGCUGGGAGAGCUUGCCGUUCUGCAAGGCCUCAGAGAUGACUGGGUUGAAGAGUGCCUGGUGAAGACCUUGAAGCACUUUGACCAGCUGCAUUCGGAAGACCCAUUUGGAGAGGCAAAAGACCCAUUUGGACAGGCAACAGUGUUCCGUGCUUUGACGGCAUUGGCAACCUGGACCAAUGCCAACGGUGAUGCAAUCACUGCUGAAGGACUUUUUACCUCAGCCCGAGACCGUGCGGCACGCCACACUUAUCCCGGAAGGGCCAACAUUUGGCGCAGUGGUGUAGCCCAUGCAUUCGCAACGAUGUUGGAGACAGGCCGCCACGCCGAGCAGCGCGCGCCGGAGAUCCGGCAGCUCCGCGAGAGGUGUGGUGCCACGGGGCCAAGCUGCGCUGAUCGGCGCUGGGCUCUGUUGGUGGUACCAUCGCCGGUAGAGGUAGUGAAGUGA